UGUUAGAGUUGUUCCGCCAAUGUUGUCUGACACUAGGAUAUGCUUCAGAUCCUUUAUCCCGCCCCUGGCUGUCAGCAUUACUCCUCCAACGUGCUAUGGACAAACAUACACGUCUUCCCAGUCAUGCACACGCACACACGUAUGUGUUUACGGCUCGACCAGGCAGCCACUUCCAGCUGGAUAUUCAAGGCAUUUCUGAUCCAAGAAUGUGCUUUGAGCUUCUCUGGACCUCCCAGGCACUGCUCGAAGCAAAUGACCCUUCUAUUCUGAAGAGAUCACAAGUAAGGACGAUGUUUUCUACUGUUCUACUUUAGUUGUUGUUAGUUGGUAGGACUCUAGGUGAUUUGUGGCUGGGAAUGGGGGGAAAGCAUUCAAAGAAACUGGCAGGUGAGGAGAUGAAACAGCAAGGAAGAAGGAGCGCAGCCUUUGAGGAAACAUCAUCAGAGAAGAUCCGCAAAUACAUAGUCACACAUUUCGGGUACAGUGUGUUGAGCCUGGCCCGCCAUGGCAUGGUGGAUGCUCCAGAAGAACUGUGGGAGCUCAUGGAACUGCAGAAGCUCAAUCUGUCCCUGAACUGCAUGCAGUCUUUGUCUUCCUCAGUGGGCCUCCUUCAAAACUUGGUGGUGCUCAACUUGUGGGGUAACCAGCUGAGCAGUCUGCCUCCUGAGAUUGGGCUGCUCAAGAACCUGAAAGUUCUCUUUGCGUACCGCAAUCAUCUAGCUGAAGUUCCUGAGGAGCUGAGCUCCUGCACCAAGCUAGAGGUCUUGAGCUUGGCAAACAACCAGCUCACGAGCCUCCCAAACAGCUUGUCUGCACUCACGGGCCUGCGCAAGCUCAACCUGAGCCACAACAACAUUGUCCAUAUCCCGACAUGCGUCUACGCAAUGAAAAGCCUGGUCUUCUUGCAUGUGGCAUGCAACAGGCUGGAGAACAUCGCAGAGCAGAUCCAGACACUGGCUGACCUGAAGAUCCUCAUAGUAGAAGGGAACUGCAUUCACUCUCUGCCUAAGAUGCUCUGCUGCCUGACCAAGCUUGAACUGCUUAACGUGGACUACAAUGACAUUCAGAACGUUCCAGCUGAAAUGCACCAACUUAACAGGCUGGAGAAGCUAGCCUGCCACCCGCUGGACAAAGGACUCCAUAUUGUGCAUAACCCUCUGCUCAAGCCCAUUAAAGAGGUGCUGGAUGGAGGUCUCCAAGCUUUUUAUAACUAUCUCAAGGCCAGUUGA